CUCGAGCCUCCGGUAGCACCACACGCGGCUUGACUCUCCCCUCCGUGUCUCCCCUCGCCUCAACCCUCAAGUUCAUCACCUGACUCGUGCCUGUUGAGGGUGACUACGGCGGAUGAUAUACACCUUUAACAAAAACGCUGAACUACUUUAAUGGAAAACCCUCGUAGUUGGAUACACAAACUCUCACUAUUAUGUCCCACUCCUAACAUCAGACCAAAAGGCGACGCCAUGCUGGUCGCCUCGUGUUAUCCUUUCGACAUAAGUUUACUUUGAUGGAUCUGUAGUGCUGGUGCGUUAUUGUGGUGAUUGUUUGUUGUGUCGCUGCACCACGGGUAUUACUUGGACUGUGAUUCUAGGGUUUAAUAUAUGCAAGAUUGAGUGGAACCAGUUAUCAAGACACCACCAACGAGUGUUUGGGAGUGACUGUGAAGCGUCAGACUUUGGUGUGUGUGAAGAAGGUAGUAUUAACCAGUGAUAUUACGACUUAUAUCGUCCCAACCUGUCCGUCCAUCAACAGACACGACCAACGCUGUGACAAGAGGCUCUGGUUUGGUCAAGAUCCACUCGGCAGUAUUACUCAUAAGUGUUGACUAAAGUCUAUGUCUUUCAUAAGUUAAGGUUGAAGUGGCUUCAAGUUUUAAAAACAUUGAUCUCAAUUUUUGCAAAAAGUUCAACUAUUCCAAAGUUGUUUUGUGAAUUGUGCCUCAAGUACCCGACUGGCUGUUCUUAAUCAGAUGGACUUGAUUAGUAAGACAAUACUGAGCAUGGCUCCUAAAGAGGAAGAAGUUAUCGUAACAGAAUUUGACGGGACAACCGUUCUGUGCCGCGUAUGUGGCGAUAAGGCUUCUGGAUUCCACUAUGGUGUACACUCCUGCGAGGGCUGCAAGGGAUUCUUCCGGCGCAGCAUCCAGCAGAAGAUCCAGUAUCGCCCCUGCACCAAGAACCAACAGUGCUCCAUCCUCCGCAUCAACCGCAAUCGAUGCCAGUACUGCAGGCUUAAGAAGUGCAUUGCUGUCGGCAUGUCCAGAGAUGCUGUGCGCUUCGGGCGUGUGCCUAAGCGUGAGAAGGCCAAGAUCCUAGCGGCCAUGCAGAGCGUUAACGCCCGGUCUCAGGAGAAGUUGGUGCUGGCAGAGCUGGAGGAUGACACCCGCGUUACAGCAGCCAUCAUCCGCGCCCACAUGGAUACUUGUGGCUUCACCAGGGACAAGGUGGCGCCCAUGCUGCAGCAAGCCCGUACCAACCCAAGCUACACUCAGUGCCCGCCCACACUGGCUUGCCCACUGAAUCCCCGGCCAGUGCCCCUCCACGGCCAGCAGGAGCUCGUCCAAGACUUCAGCGAGCGCUUCUCCCCCGCCAUCCGUGGCGUCGUGGAGUUUGCCAAGCGUUUGCCUGGGUUCCAGCAACUGCCACAGGAGGAUCAGGUUACGCUGUUGAAAGCGGGAGUAUUCGAGGUACUUCUCGUGCGUUUGGCGGCCAUGUUCGACGCUCGUACCAACACCAUGUUGUGCCUCAAUGGUCAGCUGCUGCGUCGUGAGGCUCUCCAUACAUCAGUCAACGCUCGUUUCCUCAUGGACUCCAUGUUUGACUUCGCUGAGCGCGUCAACAGUCUCUGUUUAAGUGAUGCUGAACUUGCACUCUUCUGUGCCGUGGUUGUGUUAGCACCUGACCGCCCUGGGUUGCGUAACGCCGAGUUGGUGGAACGCGUCCAGAGGCGCCUUAUCAACUGCUUGCAGGCCGUGGUGUCUAAACACCACCCAGAAAACCCCAGCCUGCACCGAGAACUUCUCUCAAAAAUUCCUGAUUUACGCACACUCAACACACUUCACUCUGAGAAGCUGCUCAAGUACAAGAUGACAGAGCACACUGCAACCGGUGCUGGCCAUUGGGACGACACUCGGUCCUCAUGGAGCAUGGAACACGAGAGCAGUGUGGGCUCUCCGUCGUCCUCUUGCGCUGCUGACGAGGCCAUGCGCUCUCCAGUAUCAUGCUCCGAGUCCAUUUACUCUGGGGAAUCUGCCAGCUCAGGAGAGAGUAUAUGUGGCAGCGAAGUGUCCGGAUACACAGAGCUGCGCCCACCCUUCCCUCUUGUUCGUCGGCGUCAUGAUAAUUCAGAGGGUGCAUCGUCUGGCGACGAAGCCACCGAGUCCCCAUUAAAGUGUCCAUUCAGCAAGAGAAAAUCUGAUAGCCCAGAUGACUCUGGUAUUGAGAGCGGAACCGAUCGCAGUGACAAACUCUCCUCGCCAUCAGUGUGCUCGUCCCCACGGUCAUCAAUCGACGAGAAGAGUGAGGAGGAUCGUGAGGAAGAGAUGUCCGUUUUGCGCCGUGCUCUACAAGCCCCACCCAUCAUCAACACAGACCUGCUUAUGGAGGAAGCCUAUAAGCCCCACAAGAAGUUCCGUGCACUCCGUCGUGAAGAAGAACCCCACUCGUCCCAGCCCACACCUUCCCUCCUGGCUCAGACACUUGCUCAGCCACCACAGCACUCUUCCUCCCUGGCUGCCUCACACUCCACUCUAGCGUCAACCUUGGCGUCUACUUUGUGUGGCCCGAGCCUUGCUGCCUCGCACUCUACCCUGGCACGAACCCUUCUAGAGGGUUCUAAGAUUUCUGAAGAUGCGAUGCGCCGUGCUGAUAUCCUGCACUCCAUGAUAAUGCGUACUGAAGUCAGGGAAAGGUUGCCUUCUUCUGCCAGAGUUUCUCCCGCUCCAUAUUAUGUACCACAAAACGCAAUGGACCGCCUUCAGCCUCCAGUAUCAUCUUGGCCAUGCCCAUCUUCACGGAGCUGUAACAGCAGCAGCAGUGGCAGCCUCAGUCCUAUGCAGCCCACCGUAACAGCUCAGCCACGAGUGCAUCUCCUCACCACACCCACACCUUCGCGUUAUUACGAGCCAAGGAUGUCAGCGACACCAGUUGGACUCGGGGCGCAGCCUUCCACAUCCCCUGGUGUAUCAGCCCCAUCACCGUCUCAAGGUAUGGGUGCGCAUCAUUCGGGCCUGGGCGCUCAACCUCCGCAAAGGACGUCUUCGUCUCCUGUGGUCGAACUUCAAGUCGACAUUGCCGACUCUCAACCGCUCAACCUUUCCAAAAAGACGCCGCCACCAACCCCCCAGGAAUUUAUCUUGGAAGCGUAAUGCAUGGUUGGGCAGCGCUUACCCGAGUACAAAGCCACUGUGUGGCCCCGAUAUUCUCAUUCUCAGGCGGACAGAUGAAGGACAGCGCGAGCAGCAGCGGCGGCGGCAGAAGGGGAGAAAGGGAUGAGACGGAGACAAUUUUUUUGUUUAUUUGUGGGAGGAGGACGCAGCUGCCGCAGAGUGCGGGAGGGUCCUGGAGCACGUAGCGACGCGGGGUCGCGCGUAAGGCGCAGCACCGGUGAUGGUGUCAGGUUCGUAGCCGCCUGCUCCCGACCCGCCCGCACCAGCAGUCAUGUACAGGGGGUGGGCACCAGUCUAAACCCGCCCGAAACCCGGGCCACCCCAGGUGGCCCUCAUACUGGCGGCCCGCCCCGCACAGCUUGUGAGGGUGGCGAGGAUGUAAAGCCUUCCGCCCGGGCGAGAGCCUAGUGAUGUACCUAGUUCAGUAUUCAUCGCCUCAUGCAGUCUCACCACCGAGGACCAGAGUCAUCGUCAUCACUCAUCUUUCAUUACUCAUGGCUAGAUCUCGAUGUCAUUAUUAUUAUUUAGCCCAGUGUCUGGCGAACUGUUUGUUAUGUCAUUAUUAUUAUUAUUGUCAAUAUUAUUAUUGCCAUUACAUCAUGAUAGUUCUUAUUGUAAUCUUAUGAACAUAAGUUUGUCAUAACAAAUAGUUCCACCGUGUGCUUCUAUGUACAUUUUUGUAAUAUUUGGGAGUUCAAAUUUUGAGUCUUAAAAUAAAUGUGCAAAUAAAUAAAAA